AGGUAAGCGAAUAUUUAGAGGUUUCGAGUCGUAAGCAAACUUAGCACAAAGUGAAAACACGAUUCCGUGUGAAGAAAGACGAUUUUUGAAGGUAUUUAAAGAGAUCUGUGCCAGCCGGCCGCGAGCUGAACGCAAGAGAUUGAUUAAUGACAGAAAGUAGCCUUCUAUGAAUUAAUGAUUUGACCAUGACAACUAACGUAGCAACAAUUAAGUUAGAAGAGGAGCAGGAAUCUGUAACAGAGAUACAGACAUACUUAGAAACAUUUAAUAGAGAAAUAGAAGGAGGUCAAGGGGAACAAUUGCAACAUGUACAGUUGCAACAAGUGGAAGGACUGUCUGGUGGAGAAGAAGGUGGAACUUACUUUGUUGACCAAUCUGGUCAAUAUUACUACCAAGCAAAUAAUGAUGAAACACCUGUCAUGACACAGGUUCAAAUUCAAGAAGUAGAAGAAGCAGAUGUAAAUAAUGAUGGAGAAGCAUCUCAAGAAGAACAAUACCAUGAAAUUGAAGAAUUAGAAAAUGUUGAUGGUGAUGAAGAUGGUCAGGUAACAAGUAAUGGAAACAAUGAGGUUGUAAUCAAUUCUGGAGAUGCAUAUCAAACAGUUACUAUUGUACCAUCUGAUACCAAUCCUGGUGAAGUCAGUUAUGUACUAAUAGUUCAGCAACCUGAUGCUGAGGAUAAGGAAAGCAAACCAAUAGCACGAGAAGGAACAGAAGGUGAAGAAGGAGAAGGAGAACAAGAUCUUACAGUUUAUGACUUUGAAGAUAAUGAAGAUAAUGAAGUACCUGUGGAAUCAGAAGUAGAAGAUGACAAAACUAAGAUUGUAAAAAUUUUACCUAAAAAGUCCCAAACUGUUACUCAAGCUCAUAUGUGUAAUUACUGUAACUACACAAGUCCAAAACGAUAUCUGUUGUCACGACAUAUGAAAUCACAUUCUGAGGAAAGGCCACAUAAAUGUAGUGUUUGUGAAAGAGGAUUUAAAACACUAGCUUCUCUUCAGAAUCAUGUUAAUACACAUACUGGGACCAAGCCACAUCACUGUAAAUUUUGUGAUAGUGCAUUCACAACCUCUGGUGAACUUGUUAGACAUGUUCGAUAUAGACACACACAUGAAAAACCACAUAAAUGUCAUGAAUGUGACUAUGCAUCUGUUGAAUUGUCUAAACUCAAACGUCAUAUUCGGUGUCAUACAGGCGAACGUCCAUAUCAGUGUCCACAUUGUACAUAUGCAAGUCCUGAUACUUUCAAGCUAAAACGCCAUUUGCGCAUACAUACAGGAGAAAAACCAUACGAGUGUGACUUUUGUCAGGCAAGGUUUACUCAGUCUAACAGCUUAAAAGCUCACAAAUUGAUACAUAACGUUGGUGACAAACCAGUGUUUCAGUGUGAAUUAUGUCCAACGACGUGUGGAAGAAAAACAGAUCUCAGAAUUCAUGUACAAAAAUUACACACCUCUGAUAAACCUUUGAAAUGUAAACGCUGUGGAAAAUCAUUCCCAGACAGAUAUAGCUACAAAUUGCAUAGUAAAACUCACGAAGGAGAAAAGUGCUAUAAAUGUGAUUUGUGUCCAUAUGCUUCUAUAUCCGAGCGCCAUCUCGAGAGCCACAUGUUAAUUCAUACUGAUCAAAAACCAUAUCAAUGUGAUCAUUGCUUUCAAUCAUUCAGACAAAAACAACUUCUCAAACGGCAUUAUAAUUUAUAUCAUAAUCCUACUUAUGUCCCCCCUCCGCCACAAGAAAAGACACAUCAAUGCCCUGAAUGUGAACGACCGUUUAGGCAUAAAGGGAAUCUUAUUCGACAUAUGGCUGUUCAUGAUCCGGAGUCAUCUCUUCAAGAAAAGCAACAAGCAUUAAAGAUGGGCAGACAGAAAAAGAUUCAAAUUAUAGAUGGACAGAGAGUCGAGGUCAUGACAGGUGAUUUAGCUACUAAACUUAAAGGUUAUGAAGAUGAAGAAGAAGAUGAAGAGGAUAUGAUGGCAGUCGAAGGAAGUGAUGGUCAACAAUAUGUUGUAUUGGAAGUUAUACAGCUAGCUGAUAAUCAAGGAACUGAUCAACAAAUGGCCGUAGUAGCCAGUGAAGACGGAGAUUUGAUGAUGCAAGAUCCUUUGAGUCAAGAAAGUGGGAUUGUAACUGGUACAGGCGAAGAAGGAGAUGAAGCAGAAGAAGAGGAAGAAGAAGAAGAAGAAGAAGAAGAAAUAGAAAUGGAUGAAUUAAAAAUAGAAGCAGGAGCUCGUAUGAAAUCUUCAUCUCAGAACACACAGAGUGAUCCAAAAUUACAGAAGGAGAUGGAAACCUGUUUCGGUUUUGACGAGGAAGAGGAAGAAGAAGAAGGAGCCAAUGGCAAUAUAAAUAUAUUACAAACAAUUUCGUAAUAUGAAAAAUGAAUGCGACAAAAUCUAUCCAUGUAAUAGUCAAAUGUUUUAUUUGUUUCGCAGUAACACCGUACAUACUGCUAGUACUGUUUAAUAUUAUUUAAAGACUUUGUGAAUAGCUCCAAUGGAGCCAAUUUUCGGGGCCAGCGUGGUCCAUACGCAUGGUACAAGAACAUUGUUUGCCACUAGUGCAUUAGAUGUAUGUAAUAAUUUAUGAAAAAACAGUAAUUCUAUGAUUUAGUGAAAUAUGAAGCGAAUGUACAAUUAUAAUAAUGUAAAAAUAUUAUUUUACUUUAUUAUCAGUAAAAUUUGCUUUAAAAAAUCGUAAGUCAACAAGAUCGUCAUUAAUACAUUAGGAUAUAUUAUUAAUGUUAGUUGACCUAAUAUUUUUAAAUCAGUCAUUUAGUAAAUGUUAAUAUAAGAACGUAGAAUGUAGCAGUACAUUUCCAUUGAUUGAUUAUUGUUGGUAUGUGGUUAAUGGAAUUAAAAUUACGGAAUAAUGCGAGGCUGCAAUGUAUAUACAUGCUUACCAUUACAUUUCAUUUUAUAGAUAAACAUCAUAUUCUAUAAAUAACUAGAAGAAAGACAAGCAGUAAAUUUGAUAGUGAUGAUUGAGUUUUAAGUUAUUUAAUAUGAAUGAUAUCUGCAUAUAUGUAGGAAUGUACAUAAAUAAGAAAUUCGUAAUGCAGCAUAAAAAGUUAGAAAUUUUUCAUUGACCUAACAAAUGUUACAUUUGUGAUUGUAUAGAAGUAUUUCGUAAUAUUAAUAAACGAUUAUUCUAUAAAUAAGUACCUAUAUAUAAUAUUAAUGACCAUAACUAUCAGGUCAAAUUUUUUGUGGAUACAGGAUAAGGUAUGAAUGGCAGAAAGUAACUUGAUAUUAAGAGGAAUGUAAUGAUUAUUAGUAUAAUUAUAAUAAUUUUUUAUUCAUCUUUUUUAAUUACGUUUCCUUUAGAACAUUAAAUGUUUAGGCUGCACCUUCUUUUCCAUAUUGAUUGCAACUACUAUAACAAAAUGCAAAUAGGCUAGUAAGAAAAUAUUACAUAUGAUUGUAAACAGUGAUGAAACCUUUAAUUCAUUGAAUCCUUUUACAUUUUGUCGUUUUGUGACAGUUUAACUUGUUGCGUAAUUUUGUGAUUGCACAGCAUCCAGUGACAACCAUUUCCUAUCUAUAUGGAUUACACAUAGACUUCUCUUAUGUAGCCGAUUUCUUGUAAAUGUAAUCUUACACGCAAUUUUUCAUAAACUGUUGCACGUAAGUUAUUCUAUAUAAAUCAUCAAUAUAAUUAAUGCUGUAAAAACAAUGUAAAAAUUUUUUACGCUCUUGUACACUUUUUAUACAAUUGUAAUUGAGCAAUUGAUAAUUGUGUGCUAUUCAAGCCGAAGCACUUUCAUACAAUAUCCCAAAGAAAAAAUGGUGUAGCAUCUUCUUUAUAAUAAACAUUAAGUCGUCAACAAUA